AUGAUGGGCAAAGAGGAGGAGAUUAAGCGAAUCGCCCGGAGGUUGGACAAGAUGGUCACCAAGAAGAGCGCGGAAGGAGCCAUGGACCUACUACGGGAGUUGAAGGCCAUGCCCAUCACACUGCACCUGCUGCAGUCCACCCGCAUUGGGAUGUCGGUCAACGCCCUGAGGAAGCAGAGCUCCGACGAGGCGGUCAUCACGUUCUCCAAAUCACUCAUCAGAUCCUGGAAGAAACUCCUGGAUGCUUCAGACACUAAAGCUGGGGAGCAGACGAGUGCGGCCCUGGCCUCACCGCCCUCAAAGGAUGCCUCGGAGGCAAAGGCCCACAGUCGCAAGAGGCCGGAGCCACCCAGGACACCGUCAGCUCCUCGGAUGACCACGUUUCCUCCGACGCCCAUCACCUGUGAUGCUGUGCGCAACAAGUGCCGAGAGAUGCUGGCUGCUGCCCUGCAGACUGACCACGACCAUGUGAAUAUCGGCGCAGACUGUGAGCACCUGUCCGCCCAGAUCGAGGAAUGCAUCUUCCGCGAUGUGGGGAGCACAGAUGUCAAGUACAAGAACCGCAUCCGGAGCCGCAUAUCCAACCUGAAGGAUGCCAAGAACCCAGGGCUCCGGCUGAGCGUGUUGCGAGGUGUCAUUGCACCCCAGCGCAUCGCCGAGAUGACCUCCGAGGAGAUGGCUAGCGAUGAGCUGAAGGAAAUCCGCAAGGCCAUGACCAGGGAGGCCAUCCGGGAGCACCAGAUGGCCCGCGUGGGCGGUACUCACACCGACCUUUUCACCUGCAGCAGAUGCAGAAGGAAGAGCUGCACCUACACCCAGGUGCAAACCCGAAGCUCUGACGAGCCCAUGACCACCUUUGUUGUCUGCAACGAGUGUGGAAAUCGUUGGAAGGUGGGUUGA